GUUCAACCUAAUUGCGAAUCAAAUUUUCCAAAUUAAAAGUCAUCACCUAAAAAUGAGUUUCUUUUCAUGAACAAAUGAAAAUCCAAUUUUAUUUUGAUUGGAAAAGAGCAAGAAAUCAAUUGAAUGACAUUUAAUUGUCGCUCAAAUGUAGAUUGUAGAUUUACAGUGAACAACAUGUUCCAAUUUUAAUUGUCUCCAAUUUAGAUCAAUUCUAAUGUGAGAAUAUUAAUUUACAACAAAAAUCUCUUUGGUAACCAAGAUGAAGCUUCUCCCGCUGCCAUUACCUGGACCCACCUUAAAAAAGGUGAAUAUGUCACACAUCAUGUCAAGUUAAUCUCAUCUUAAUUUUGGAAUCAAAUCUCAUCUAAUUGAAGUUAUUUCGGCCUUUCAAAUUUUCCUAUUUUUCCAAUUCUAUUCUAUUUACCUGUCAACCCAUUUAAUCUGAGUCUUUUUCUUGAUUUGAUUGGAUUGUUUUUCUCUAAUUGGAUUAGAGUUUUUUGUUUUAAUUUCUAUAUUCUUAUUGUGACCUGAGGAAUUAAUUUAACUGUUUGUUGGUGGGAACAUUUUACCUGGAAAACAAGGAAAAAAAGAUUCAAAAUCCAAAAGGAAAUCAAAGUGUAAAAGCCAAUCAACAUGUUUCUAGUUAGAAGGUGUUUUGCUCCUUGUUUUACAAUUAAGAAAUCUAAUUGUAUUAGCCUUGAAUGUGGAUCUAAAUUGAUCGCUGGUUACACUGCCUUUAUUCACUUUGUGGCCAUUUUUUAUUGUACCGAACUAUUGAGAGGAGGAAGAUCGGAUGAUGUCGCUUCGCCUUUCUUUCAAAUGGAUAAAUCAAUCAAAACGUUUGCUACUUUUGGAAUCAUUUAUUGUUUCUGUUUCAUCAUAUUUGCAUUCCUUUUGUACCUUGGAAUCAAAAAGGAAAUCCGUUUUCUCUACUUAUUCUGGAUCAUCUGUACAGCCAUUGAAUUGCUCGCAGCUUUUUUCAUUGGUGCAUUUCUCAUCUAUCGUUACAGAUAUUUCUCUUAUGCACUAUUUUCUCUCUGUGCUCUUUGGGUCUAUGGUGUUUAUCACUUUUAUCUUUGGUGGGUCAUAAUUUCUCAAUAUUAUUACCUUAAAGUGUUUCAAGAACCAACAUUUCUUGUUUUAUAUUCAUGAUCAAUUUAUAUAAUUUGUUAAUCAACUCUCACCCAUCGACAAUUUGAAUCUCAAAAAUUACCUAACCGACAACUUAUAAUCACGAUCAAAAUCUCACUGUCAUUUUUUUUUUUACAAUUCAAUUGAGCACAUUGACAACUAUUCUAACAAAAAAAAAUUAAAUUAUCAUUAAAACUAUUA